GCACAAGCACCCACACAGGUUGCACUACCCAGUCUGACCUUCUUGCCUCUCACCUUUCUGAAUUCCUACCCCGAGGAGACAGGCACAACAGGAGACCCCCUCCCUGAGGGUCCUUCAGGACAGGUUGUACUGAUGUGCACUGUCUCCUGUGACUUUUUGCCUCACCCCUGACUCCCCAGGGGCAGCCAUGUCACAGUUCUCCACCAUGACGACAAGGGACAGGAAAAUGCAGGCAGCAGCAAUCUGCAGGGAGGUUCAAGCCCAGGAAGAUAUAGAGAUGGAUCUUGGGAAGAAAGUGAGCGUGCCUAAGGACAUCAUGCUGGAGGAGCUGUCUUUUGCCUCAAACCGUGGCUCCCGUCUCUUCAAAAUGCGCCAGAGACGCUCUGAAAAAUACACUUUUGAGAGCAUCCAGAAUGAAAACAACAAGCAGCUCAAUAACACAGUGGUUUCUCAAACUGAGAAUGGGAAUGCCGCAGACAGCCACAGCGGCGAGAACAACUUGGGUGUCGACCAACCACCUAAAGUGCCAUCUGACACACCUAAUACAACAAUUGUGCCAAAUCCAGACAGCAUUGCCCCGGGGUACGGAGGUCCUUUGAAAGACAUCCCUCCAGAGAAGUUCAACAGUACAGCUGUGCCGAAGUCCUACUUCUCACCCUGGCAGCAGGCCAUCAUCAGUGACCCGGCCUUGGCUGACACUCUCAUCACCUGCGUGCCCGAGCCAGAGCCCAGACCAGACCUUCCAGGUUACAAAAGUUUCAACAGGGUGGCAACUCCGUUCGGCGGCUUCAGCAAGGCACCCAGACCUGCUCCCAUCAAGACCCUCCCGAUGGAACCCCUCCCCGACUAUCCCGAGCUCCAGGGGGACACAGAGGCAGCAAAUCGACCCUCCUUCAACAGAUCUGCUCUGGGGUGGGUGUCGACAGGCGAUCCUGUCCCUCUCCCUAGUGUUUCCCUUGAGCCUGUGCUCAUCCCUGAGUCAGAAGACCUUUGAACCCAUAAUGAGGUCACACAGAGAUGCUGUCUACUUAGUUGCUGUGCCAGAGGUUGUGGAGAGCCGGGUAACGUUACAGUCAGAACAGAGUCAGGGUGAGAGAGAGUGUCCUGUUGGGCGUUGUUGGUUACCAUGUUUUCCAAGGAUGUUAACUAUUGCACUUCACUCAAAAAUGAAUUAAUCACCCUCUACAGUAGGGAGUGACACUACUGGAAUAAAUGGAAUUUGCUGUAUAUUAAUGUGCAUAAGAGUAUUUUAUCUUGUAGACACAAGUUUUUGCUCAAUAAAAUGGUUUAGAAUGCAACAA